AAUAAAAGUUCGUUUAGUGUUAUACUUCAACUCGGUGCUUAAGCAAUAGGGAGCGUACAUUUAACGUGAGAUCAUCGAUUUCAAGGAAUACAAACAAGUUAACACAUCUCAAUUGAAUAUGACGAUGCGCUCGAGCACUGGUUCUGAAAGGACUUCAAGUCAAAUCUCAAUAUACAAUUAUCCUGAUCAUUUGAACCCAUUUUCCGAUGAAGACAACCACAAACGAUUGCGAUUUUGGAAUUUAUCAAAACGCAAUGAUAACAGACGUCGAAGUUUUUCAAUGGGAAAUUUAAGAGAAAUUUGGAAUUUUAAGUCGUUUUCAUUAAAAAAAAAGUCAUCGACUUUGGGAAUACAGAAAACAUCAGAAAGUCCCCCAGUUUUAAGACGUCAUUUGGAAUCAAACUCUUUGCAUCCUGGCGAUCAAAAUAGAAGACCAUAUAUGAAUUCUUUGCAGAAUAUUAAUACUCCAAGGGGGACAAGAUCCAGCGAAACAAACUUCAACAUCAUUCGUAGUCCACAACGCUCAACAAUAAGUGAAGGAUAUUUGACUCCACUAAGUCAACGAUUCCAUCCGAGAAGAUCUUCGCAGGCGAGCUUAGCAAGCACAAAUCCGUUUGAAAGUGACAUCGACUCUGAUGCGACUGAUAUUGGAAGUGUCUCCCUUGGGGGCUGCAGAAAGUCUUAUAGAAAAAAGCGACGAGCCCCGUUAGCUCCAACUAUAGAAAUGCUCAAUAAAAAAUCACCCAGUCCAGUUAAAGAAACAACGAUGGAAACCCAAAGUUCAACAAUGGCAGUCGAGCAAACUAAAGCGAUUCGAUCCCUCGCCGUGGAAAUAGAACAAUUUGUUAAUAAUAGCAAUGAAACUUCGACUGUGAAAAUCCCCACAGUAGUUGUGGAAUCUUCCAGCGUGCCCCAAAGUCCACAAUCCGAGUCCACACUCUCGGAAGAAACAUAUUUUACUAAAGUUUCAAGGUCUAAACAUGAUACAAAACGUGAUACUACUGGAGAUGAAAAUGUUUCGACUGUAAAAUGUACUUCAGCAUGCGAUCCGGUGACUGAAACUUUGAAAAUAGAUGAAUCGAAUAGUAAUAAAGGUGUAAUAGUCGUGUCUUCCAUUGUCAUCGACAGUCCACAAACUGAACCAACCAUUUCGGAUCGAAAAUGUUCCCCUAAGCCUCCAAUACGAACCAGUUCUUCAAAAACUGCACAUGUUAAAGAAAACAAGAAACCGAAUAUAGAAUACACUUUAAAAUCCGAUCAGGUAUCGGAAAAUGUGCUCGUAGACAAUGUAGUUAGAAUUGUAGAAAAUUCCUUGGACCCCGAUUAUCCACAAACUGAUCCAAAAACUUCGGAACGAAAAUGUUCACCUAAGCCUCCAAUUCGAAGCAGUUCUUCAAAAACUGAACAUAUUAAAGAAAAAAAGAUAACGAAUACAAAAUAUACUUCAACGUCCGAUCAGGUGUUGGAAAAUGCGCAAGUUGAUAAACCGUCCAGUCACGGAGUUAAAAUAGUGGAGAUUUCUACUGUCAACAAAAGUGCACAAAAUGAGCAAUUAACUUCAGAUCAAAAUUUCUUACCUGAAGCUUCUGCGAAUGAAAUUAAGAUACCGAAUGUAGAACAGAAUUCAACAUCUGAUAUAUUAAAUGGCAAUGUGGAGAGAAUAGAAGAGUCUCCCUCUGUGUCAGAAAGUUCACAAAAGGAGCACCAAAUUUCAGAUCAAAUAUGGUUAUCUAAAGCUCCAACUCCUAGUCCAAUUGCGAAAAGAGAAUCUGCUGAAGAAAGUAAGAUACCCAAUAUAGAACAUAUUUCAACAAUCACAUCGACGACUUCGAUGACUGAAGAUAUGCACGUAGAUAGGUUAAAUAGAAAUCUAAAUCAAAUACCCGAACGCAGAAAUCUAAAUAAUUUUACAAACGUACAGACGUAUUCUUUGAAAGAAAAUAACAAUGCGGAAAAUUACGAGUACUUAAACAAACCCUUGGCUAUUUUCGAAAACUCAGAGAGGAAAGUAGACCAUUCGGAGGAAGAAGCUCAGCCAGCCAAAGCAAAAUCGGUUAAGGAAAUAAUUGAUUCUAUUAAUCGUAGUCAAAAACUUCUCAAAGAUAGUGCGGCGAAGGGAACAACUGUAUAUUCAACAUCUUUAUAUGCUGAAAACAACAUCAGGCCGAUAAGUAAUCAAAGAAGUUCCCAGAUGCCUGAAAUCUCUCCUAAUAUUUCAACGGCCAGCUCUGUUGCGGAGAAUAACUUACAAUUGGAACAAAAUUACUUUCAGAAAAGCAAAAUAAAUAAAACAGCCUUUCAAUAUCGAGAGUCAUCUCCAACUGCAUUAAAUUUAGAUUGGAAUCCUCUGCCCAAACCAAAGAGAAUUAACAACGGUUCAACUAUUUAAAACAUAAAUUAUCAUUAACUUUUAUGGCUUUAGAAUUUCUUAAUUCAAUAGUUUAGUUUCAAAUCUAUUUCUGUGCUAUGAAAUAUAAAAAAGCUUUGUAACUCGUGUAAUAAUAUAUUUUUAAAUUAAUAAAUGUAUAUGUAAUGUUAUGGUGUGACAUCUUGAUGUUUUAUAAAUUAUUUUAAAAUUUAGCUGGAGAAAUUUUUCAAUCUAUAUUAAUGGUUUCCUUGGUCCUGAACGAUCUGUCUAGUUUCCCCACUCAUUAAAAGUAUUAAGUAGCUAAAUUUUUAAUAAAUUUUCAGUGAAAUUAAGUCUUUAUUAAAUGUCAUAAAAUUUACUUAUAAACUUAUGUAUAAACCAUCUAAAAUGCAUUAUAAGUACAUAUGUUGGAAUAAACUAAGCUGUCCACGAAAAUUAUUAAAAUGUA